AUGACUUGGCGGUCUCAAGAGGACGGCCCCGCACAGCACACCCCGCCUGACCUGAGUCUCCCACCCGCAUGGCCACACUGCCAUCCUAAGCAGGGCCUGUUCCAAGAGGGAACUGGAGGGUCAGGGACAAGGGGCAGCCAGGAGCAGAUGAGGUGGUCUGACAGGGCGGCCCGAGCAGGCUGGGGGCCUUUGCUGAAGCUGCUUGGUGAGGCGGUGUGGAGGCAAGUUUGCCCCCGGAAACCUGACACCAGGGCACAAACACUGGAGAUAAGCUGUGCUGAGCCCUGCGGCCUCACCCAGCUCCCCAGGACAGAGACCCGGCACAGGCCCUGCAAGGGGCUCUGCCAGGGGACCGUGCCACCCACCCAGGCUCCUGUAAAGCCCACAGCGGCCGCGCUCCAAGGUGAGGAGCUGGAGGGGACCCCCGGCCCUGGCCCAGGACUGACCGCCCCGCAGAGCUGGCCCAGAGCACCUGCUCCUUGGAGUCUGUCUGCCACCCCUUCUCAGCGGACACCCGUGUCUGGAGCUGGUGGAGAGGGUGGUCUCGGGAAGGACGCAGUCACCGUGAGCUCAGCCCACUUACCGGCUGAGGCUUCUCAGAGGAGCUGGGAGUGUCAGAACUGCUUCUGA